AGAUGAACGGCUUUAGCACCGAGGAGGACAGCCGCGAAGGGCCCCCCGCCGCCCCCGCCGCCGCCCCGGGCUACGGCCAGAGCUGCUGCCUCAUCGAGGACGGCGAGCGCUGCGUCCGGCCCGCGGGCAACGCCUCCUUCAGCAAGAGGGUCCAGAAGAGCAUCUCGCAGAAGAAACUCAAGCUGGACAUCGACAAGAGCGUAAGGCACCUGUAUAUUUGCGAUUUCCACAAAAAUUUCAUCCAGAGUGUACGAAAUAAAAGGAAGAGGAAGACAAGCGAUGAUGGUGGAGAUUCUCCUGAGCACGACACUGACAUUCCUGAGGUUGAUCUGUUCCAGCUGCAGGUGAACACUCUCCGACGUUAUAAACGGCACUACAAAUUGCAGACCAGACCAGGCUUCAAUAAGGCCCAGUUAGCAGAAACUGUCAGCCGACACUUCAGGAACAUACCCGUGAAUGAAAAGGAGACCCUCGCUUACUUCAUCUACAUGGUGAAGAGUAACAAGAGUAGACUGGACCAGAAAUCAGAGGGUGGCAAGCAGCUUGAGUGAUGACUAAGCACAUCUUCAAGGAAUGAAGUAUAAUGCUUAAUGCACAGGUGAUAUCUGCUACAUUUAAGCCCAUAAAGACUGUUCAAUUUUAUUGUAAAUAAAAAAGUUUGAAUGAUGAAUACUGUAAAUCUUUUUGGUCAGGAGGAUUAUAUUCUCAUGAUUCAGCAUGUUUAUACACAGACUUCCUUUUAAGGCAACUACUGGACUUUUAAAAAAAAAAAAAACCAAGAUCGGAAAAAGAAUGAAAGGAAAAAGAAAAACAAUGUAUUGCCGCAUUCAGCAAAGCACUAAGUCAAUUCUGUUGGAAAUGUGGGAUGACAAAUAUUUUGGUAGUCGCCUUGUAAUUCCACGCUGCCACAUGUGAGGUGUAGCCCUGGACCAGCAGCAAGGUGCAGCUGGUGGGGGAGGUGCGUGAGCAGACCCGUCUGCUGGGGACAUAGGCACCCCUCUUCGUUGCAGGCUUUGUCGCUUAUCAGCAAAUCCGUUUGACGCUGGUCCCUUGCCGGCCCUGUUCUUUGCACACAGUAGGCACUCAGUCAGGAUUUGCUGGCUAAUCCAGCUGUUACUAACAGUGCCAGCCUUGUGCUUCCCACCUCCAGGUAUUGAGACCUCUGCCGUUUCUGUCGCUCAGCACUUAACUUCCAGACUGUGAGGAAAUCCUGAUGCACCAACGGGAGGUUUCGGGUCAGACGAGGACCUCAGGGCAGUCUCACGUGCCAAGCUGUAUUUGUGGAGCUUCCGGAAACACUAACGCAGAGCCCCUUCCGGGAGCCGUGGCCCUCUGUGCACCCCUCCACGCUUCAUGCUUCAGGGUCAGGUUAUGUGUUAUGACUUCAGCCAUUCUCCUGGGCCAGAAAUGCUUUGAUAAAUGGAGAUGUUUAGUGGUUUGGGGCUCAUGUUUCAGAAGUACGAAUCCUUAAUUCACAACCACAAGAAGGCUGCCAAGGACCAUGUGGUUCGUGCUGCGAAGUCCAGCCCGGGAAUAGAAAGUCUGCCCAGCUUUGAUCUCCUUGGGAGUCGGCAGCAGAUCAUGGGUUUGAGCAACACAGGUCAGUGCCAUCCGAUGCUCAUUGUUGUCAGCAAUUUGCCUCUCUUGGGGGUAAGAUUGCUGAAGUUUUUUUGGGUUUUUUUGGUUUGUUUUGUUUUUUAAGUAUUAACAAUUACCUGAUUUUUUUAUGUUCAAAAACUCAGAUUCCUGUAUCUAAUUAUAUCAGAGCCAAAGUAUCCUUUGAAAACAAAGCUUUAUAUCCAAAAGUAUGGUUUUGCAAAAUUUUAUAGUCAGUUGGGGGGCAGAGGGUGUGGACAGGGAAUGGGAAAAAAAGAGAAGAAAGGACUUGAAUUCUAAUUUCUGACCAUCUUGACAUAUAUUGUGGUCAAAGGUAUCACUUUCUUACUCAGUUUUCAUUCUGAGUUAUCUCUUAAGCCUUAAAAAAUAAAAGCAGCAAUGGACAGCCUGGCCUGGCAGAGUGUUUUAGCGUCUCACAGAUGGCUUAAUCCGAGCAUCCACACAGAGAAGUCAGAACAACCCUCCCUGCAACCCCCGAGCAUGGUGGUGGAGUGGCCAAAGGUCUCGGUUCCUCGGAACAUGCUGCUUUCUGUGGACGGGGAAAGGGCCACCACUCUCACAGAAUAAAACGCCGUGCGUUCCGCUGCAGCUAAGCUUUCACCAGUGUUCACCAUGCAUGUCUAGCAGGUUGCAGGCUUUUAAAAUAUUAAUGAAUGUACAUAGAGCAUACUCUAGUCUAUGAGAGGAUCUUACUCUCAUAUACCUAACCGUGGAUGCCACGUCAGGGUGCUCUCUGCGUGUUUUUAGUUGUGCAGAUUCAGUAGGUAUUUGCAGAGUGUCUCACUACUCACAGAUGAAGGCUGUUGAUGUGUAAGCAUUAAGAAGGCUCUCAAGUAUGUGGCUUAGGUCGGUUUUUUCCUGAGAAGCUGAGUUAGAAAGGCUUUGCAGGCAUCAAAUACCAAACCCCCUUUGUCAAGGGGCGUGUUUUCUCAUCAGGCUGGAGUUUGGGGGCACUGAUAGCCUGCUCUCUGAAAAUGUCCACAUCUUACUGAGAAAAGAAGUGUACCUUUCUGAUGUUUGAGCCAGAAUCAUGGAUGUGUAGGUUAUAUCACUGUUUCUUCAAUAGCAGGUCUGUGUUCCCAAUUGAGAGACAGCAGUACACUUGUGUACAAGAAGCUGUGGUGUUAGGCUCCAUCUGUUCAAGUGUGUCUGUAAGAGUGCUUUUGUUCCCACGUGAAGCCUGGGGAAACUUUUCCCCCUCAGCCAGAUGCUGUGCGCACUCGAAUCCCAUGCUGUCUUUCCUCUAAGGAGAGGUCCUUUGGAAAGUGGAGGUUGUGGGUAUCUUUCAACCUUUGAAAGCAUGUCAGGUGAGAGAAAAGACAAAGCUCUCUGAACUUAUAUUUUUCUUGCGUGCAGAAAUCUAUUCUUUCAUCAGACCACUAAGCCACUUGCUUUAGCCCCUUCUGCAGUCUCCGAUGGCUUGAUCUGGGGCAGGAGACUUCUGCCUGUUAGAGGUGGCCGACCCUCCAAAGCAGCCGGGUCUGGCUGCAGGGAGCAGUGGGGCUUGGGGAAAGCCGCGCUCAUCGUGGCUGCCUGCAUUUUUACACCACCCGUCAGGGACGCGUGCUUCUCUCAGCCUGUGAUUGUUGCAACAUUGCCUUCUCUCCUCUUGGUGCUCCUGGGCAAAACCGGAACGUGCAGUCCAGAACUGGUGUUGUCGUCUUAAAGAGCGUGGCUCCUGCCUCGGUUCCAGCCUGCUGUAGUUCUUUCAUAUGCCCUGAAGGGUGUCACAUGGAGUUGUCAACAUCUUGCCGUUCGUGUUGCUUCAUUUUAAGAUUUUUAAAAAACAAAUGGACAACCUUCUUAUUUCAACGAACAAACUCUUAGGUUGGCAACAGCAUGUGAAAGAGAUCAUAGCUGAAUCCCUUGAAAGAUUGCAACCAAAGGAUUCAAGACCAGUGGUAUAAAAGGAAGAGGAAUUUCAUUAUGUGAUACAGCCGCCAAGUUGUUAGAUGUUCCUGUCACAGCUAAAUAGUCACAGCUAGUCUUCCAGAGAGCAGAUAUUAAUAAUUGUUGGCAGCUGGAAUGUUGCAUCUAACCUUGGCAUUUCAGCUGUUAAUUUUGUGGGAACUUUUUUGUUAAUAUCCUGGAGGGCACCUGCCUGGUAGAAAGGAGAAAGUAGGAGAGGGAACUUACUCCGGUGCCUGACCGUGGAUCCCAGAGCUGUGGCUGCACAGAAAUCAUCUGAAGGCUCUCAGCCAUUACAAUGACAAGAUCCAAAAGUUGGGAAAGGACCUUUAAGUCAUCCAGUCCAGUCUCCCCAUGGGUGCUGACAUUCUGCCUACAACCGUCCCAGCAAGGUUUGAGCAGUCUGGGCUUAAACACCUCCGAGGACAGAGAACUCACUACCUCCUGGGGAAGCCUGUUCUAUCUUUGUAAACCUCUGGCUUUUCUAUGUUCUCUGUAAUUUCCAUCUUAGUCUCUGCCUAAUGGGGGCCAAGUUAGUUGGCCAGGGACCUAAUUGCUGGCACUGUCCCAGGGCAUAGUGUUUGUCUUUUGGGAAGGAGCAGCUAGCAAAUAGACACUUUGGUGUCCUGGCUGUCCUUCCUCCUGAGCAUUAGUUCCUCACUGGAGAUGGAGGAAGCCCCGACAUCGUCCUGGUUAUACUCCCUUGAUCUUGCUAAAGCUGAUGGAGGAGGUCAGGGGAGGAGGGAGUGCUAUCAGGCUGCUAAAAAAUACCUAAAGACAGAAGAGGCCUUAGUUUUGUGCUUGCCUCCCCAAAACUGAUGCUCAUAUCACUUAGGAAAAGUUUUAGCUAAAAGAUUUUAAAAUAUGAUCAUUGCUGUGUCUGGAGUCCAAAGGUUACAGGGCCCCUGUGGGCUUGUACCUUAAGAUUCCUGCAAGUACUUCACACAUUGUUUUCAUGGAGAGAAUAAAGCUUAGGAACUUGGGGGAGCCGUUCACAUGUCAGAGAGUGCCAUAUUUUCAAGCUGGAAAUCCCUUAAGGUUGCCAUUGCCCAGUCACUGAUCUUUAGAGAUGGGGAAACUGAGGUUCAGAAAGACUUGCCUGAGUGCCGUGGUGUCAUCUGAACCAGCCUCCCAUCCUCCUGUCCCACCUGGCGCUCGUUCACUUUCCAACUUGCAGCAUAGCUGAAACCCAGUCUGCAGUGAGCCGCCCUCAGAUCCUUGAGACCUUGCCGCUGAGCAGAGGUUCCCAAGGCCAGCCUGGCUCUCAGGGACUGUGAACCAGCCUGCAGAACUCAAGGUUGUGAGACAGGACUGGGAAGGCAGUCAGUAGGGUUUUGCAAAACAAAUGGGAGGGGAGAACAGAGGGAGCCUGUGAUUCAAGAUCAAGUUUCCAAAGUCCCAGUGGGAAACGUGGGGUUGUCCUGAGUCUAAAGUCUCACAGAAUACUCUUGCCUUUCAGGUGGGUCAUUCAGGUGACCCUGACUUGAAUAGACACAGCUCUGUGGCCCUGCCAUUUCGCAGCCCCGCCCCCGUCUCUGUUAGUGAGAGAGGCAGUUGAACUGAAGGACAGGUGAGCUCAAGAUCAUGCCCUGGGAAGCAUGGUGCUUUAGGGAUGCCUUUGUAUUCCCUUUAUUUUAUUACAGACUGUUUUCAAGUUUAUGGUUGGGAAGGGUAAAGUUGAUCCCAUUUUUUGAGGUGGAAUCCAGCCAGGGGCAAGGUGGCACCUUUUCUUAGGGUAGGAAUGUCCACAAUCAGUCAUUUCAUCUAGCUCGCCUCUUCAAACACAAGCCCUUCAGUGGCUCUCACUUAAUGAACACAUCUUUGCCAAUGACAGAGGCUUGUACCGGAUCCCUGUUUCACAUGUCUGUUAUCUGUUAAUGCCUACUAGAGUGUUUUGGGGCUGCGGGUUGGUUGGUUUGUUUUUUUCCAUUUUGUAACUGCCUUAUUGAAAAGCAAGUGCCCUUCCAUUCCAGGCCUCCUCAUAUUGUAUGUGUUUCCUGCCAAAUCGGGGGGAUCAUUUGUAUUUUAAUUUUGUAACCUAUGGCUCUGUACUGUUGAAAGGCUCUCAAUUCUGUGGGGUCUCCUUAGUAUGUAUGUGACUUUUCUUGUUGCAAUAUCACACAGCUGGGACAGCCUGACUUUUGCUCUUAAUAAACAAUCUGAAUGAG